AAAAUUUCCAAUUAACCAAAUAACACCAGCCUCACCGUGAACGAUGAAGCAGUUCGUGUUGAUAGCGGUUGCCCUCGUCGGUUUUACGGCCGCCCAGUUCCCGAACGGCAGAACGCUCGAUGCACCGAAUCCAGCCCUUUGUGCAAGCCGUAUCAUCCACGAGCGUGCACCGGACGGCAAAGGCUACUUCUUCUCCUGGCGCGAUCCAACACUGCGGGGCGUUGAGAAGGAUUGGCUCGAUGCGAGAAAUUUCUGCCGCCAGCGCUGCAUGGACAGUGUGUCCGUUGAGACGAGCCCGGAAAAUGAGUGGAUCAAGCAAAGAAUCGUGGAAGGACGGCAAAAGUAUAUCUGGACCAGUGGACGGCUGUGCGACUUCAAGGGAUGCGAUCGUCCCGAUCUGCAGCCCACGAACGUGAACGGAUGGUUUUGGACGGCCGAGCUGCAGAAGCUCGCACCAACGACGGUACGCAACCAGAACGAUUGGUCCGAGGGUGGCGGCAUUGGCAAACCACAGCCAGACAACCGUGAACUGAUCCAGGGCGGUGCAUCGGAGAACUGUUUGGCCAUCCUGAACAACUUCUACGAUGACGGUGUCCACUGGCAUGAUGUCGCCUGUCACCAUGUGAAGCCGUGGGUGUGCGAAGAGAACGAUGCCCUGCUGAAGUACGUCAAGUACAGCAACCCGAACCUGCGCAUUUAAGUACUCCACAUUGCUCUCCGCAAACCCAUCGUCACCGUUCUUUUGCGUGUUUUUUUGGAGGAGAGCUCUUUAAGGUUUUUUUUUUGUCGUAUAGGCGAAUACCUAACGCGAAUUCAUCAAAACCGAUCGUACACAUCGGAUUGAUGAGGGAAACACCUUCAAAUUCCAUCGACUGCCUUUUUUCCGCUCCUCUUAAGCAACUGUCACCAUGGGCAGUGCAUAUUUAUUGAUGCCGUUUCGGGGCGAUCGACAAACAGAGAUCGAUCGAUCGAUCGAGUAAAAAGAAUACUGAAAGAGACAGCAAACGAAAACCGCUGUUAAUGCAAACUUUUAUCGUUUUGGGAUUGAGCUUGCAGGCGCCGGUUGAAUAGAUUUUAUUAUAAAAAAAUGCGCUUGACUGGUAAGCGAUUAAAGGAUAAAUAAAACUUUUUAAAUUAAGUACAAACCUAAAAA